GUCCCUGGCCCCCGUGGUGGGUCGCGUGGGCUGCGACCCGCGGUGUGAGGUGCACCAGGCGGUGUGCUGGUCUCGGGAGGGCAAGGAGGGCUGGCUGGCCCUCCUCUGCCCCUCCCGCCCCUCCUGCGUCGAUGACGGACACACCUGGGCCAGCAUCGUGAGUANGCUGGAGUGGCAGAUGCUGGAGUCACAGGACCUGCUGCUGCAGGUGGUCACGACGCUGCAGUCGACGUCGUCAGGCAAGCGCGCCUACCAGAACCUCUGCGACCGCCAGAUGCAUCUCAGCGAGCUGCAACAGAAGGGAGGCCCGCGUAAGCUGACGCUGCCGAGCCGCAGCACUGACGCAGAUGUUAUCAAGUUGUUAUCCUCAGGGAGCUUCGGUAACCUACAGGUGUUAUCCCUAGCGUUCACCCGCGUCACCAGCGAGUGCGCUAACCACCUCAUUAACCUGCCCGACCUGCGCUACCUCAACCUCUGGGCCACGCAG